AUGGACGCCAUCACACCAGCAAUCCUACUGUUGAACCUGCCGAGCUCAGCCCUGGGAGGUAUAGAUCUGCUGUCGUUCACAACCACGCCAAAAUUCCAAGGCAUCAAAAACAUACCUUCUGGACUGCAUUUUAUCUUUGUUGGUUCCACCAGCACACUUUCUGUUCGCCACGGUGUCUGGAUAAAGGUUAAUUCGCCUUCUGCUUCUGCACCUCCAGACUUUUUCAUUCGAAAAUGGGACUCGAGCAGCGAAGAGCUGUUACCGGAAACAGACGUCACCACACUACUACAACAGCGAGCCAAUCUCGGACGGAUAUGGAGGGAUAAUUUGACACCGUACCGGCAAAGCGCGUCACAGGAGUCUGUGGCGACGGAAGACUCGAAUCGCUGGGUGCAAUUGACAGACUGCAUUACUGAGUCGCUCCUUACACGCAUAUUGGACUCGGAUGCCGAGACUUGGACACUCACGUCAUCCAGCAGUGCAAAGCAAGACUUUGAUGACAUUCCAGGACUUACUGCCUCUGAUCUUACUGGUAACGAGCGUGAAUUGCGUGUUCUACCCGUAGAUCUGAAACAAACAUGGCGAGAAGGAGCAACCGGACGCGAACGCACAGAAGCUGCACAAGAUCGCUCAUGGGCGCUCGCAGAUCUCAUGACCCGUUUCUGUAAUGAUGAUAUCAAUCAAAUCAUUGGAGAGCUACAGUUUUGUUUCGCCAUGGUAUUGACCCUAAACAAUUAUUCAUGCUUGGAGCAAUGGCGCAGGAUACUCGACCUCAUACUUACCUGCGUCAGUGCAGUCACCACACACCCAUCCUUCUUCGUCCGCGCACUCGCAACGAUAAAACUGCAACUGCAACACGGUCAAGAUGUCGAAACUGGACUUUUCGACCUCACAGACGACGGAGCAACAUUCCUGAAAUCACUACUCCUACGCUUCAAAAAAGCCAUCGACCGCUUACCAGGAAACGCGCAUGCAGAUGUCAUAGACGAACUUGACGACCUGCUAGCCUACACCCAAGAGACACUAGGUUGGCAAAUCCAACAAGGCUCUUUUGCACGAACGGGAAUGCUCAGUCUUGAAGACGGAGAGGAAGUCGAAAUGGACAAUACAGCUUUUGAUGAAGAUGACGAGGCUGGAGAGUAUGCGCCUACGAUUGUAGAGUUGUCUGCUGAGCAGAUGGAGUUGUUGGGUAUUGAAUCUGUGCAGCAAGUCAUGAAUGGCAAUAAGACGCCUAAUUUGCGCGACCGAUUGCAAAAGGAUCAGGUUGAGGCUGGGCGAGAUGGGUAUCAGUAUGAGGUCCAGAGUGAUGAGGAGUCGGAAAAAGAAGUCAUGGCUUAUGAUGAUGACGAUGAAGAGGAAGAGUUGGACCUUGAAGACAUGGACGCUCGAUACUGA